UCUGCCUUUCAUUAUCAGUACCGCCGCAACUUCAAAAGCUGAUGCGAAACGAAUAUCCUCUCUACGCAAUUAGUACUUUGUCUACUGUGGUCGCAAGUCCCGGGUAGAUUCCCACUUCCCUUUCGCGAAAGUUCAUUUUAACCCUGCCAACCACAGCCCCUCGGGGCAUCAACGUGGGUUACUACUCCCGUCGCCGCCAUCAUCACUCCGCCAGCAGGAACAACGGCUACCAGCAAUGGCACCUCCCCGCCGCAAUCUACUACCCAAGGAGCGGUUUGCAUUCUCAUUCGGAAGCCUCAAAACUCAGAGCUAUAAUGAUCCUAUUGCGCGAUCGCCCGGAUCUCAUACUAUCCGAACGAUAGCAUGGAACCCUACUGGCCAGCUUAUAGCUACAGGCUCAGCAGACCGUACCCUUCGAAUUUGGAACCCUGAGCGCGCACAAGUCAAAUACUCCACUGAUCUCCGCGGCCACACCGCGGGGAUCGAGAAAGUCUUAUUUAACCCUGUUCGAGACUCGGAGCUCGCCAGCUGUUCGUCAGAUGGUACUGUGCGCUUCUGGGAUGUUCGCUCAAAGACGUGUGUGAGCCGACUAGAUGUUGGCGGCGAGGCCUUUACCCUGUCUUGGUCGGCCGAUGGGAGCACGAUGGUUGUUGGCAGGAAGGAUGACACUUUGAUACCCAUAUCCAUCGAAUCGCUAUCUACCCCAACCGUCCUCGAAACCGGAAUAACCAACACCUCAUCCCAAAAGACAGGUCCAACCACCUACAAAGUGCUAGAUUCCCACCCCCAGCCCGUUCAAACAAACGCAACCACCUUCUCUCAUCACAUCUCCAUCCCAACCUCGCCUGACCUUCACCUUUUCGCAACUACUGGCGAAGGCACCGUCAAAGUCUUAUCGUACCCAUCCUUCGACGUCCUCCACACCCUUAAUGCCCACACAUCCGCUUGUCUAUCUAUUGCCUUCGCACCUACGGGACGUUAUCUCGCCGUCGGAGGUAGUGAUGCCCUUAUCUCUCUCUGGGAUACGACUGACUGGAUUUGUCGACGCACCGUGUCUAGCAACAACGGCGGGGCCGUCCGCGGGGUGAGCUGGAGCUUCGACGGGAGAUUCAUCUGUGGUGCCUGUGAUGAAGUAGGCUGCGGCGGCAAUGGAAUUGAGAUCUUCCAUGCCGAAACGGGCGAAAGCGUCUAUACUGUCCCAACGGGCGGUGGGACGAAUUCAGGCAUUCCUGCCGUUGCAUGGCAUCCCUCGCGUUACUGGCUUGCAUAUUCGACUACGGCUGAUGGCCCUGGAGGUGGCGGUGCUAGUGGGUUGAAGAUCGUAGGAGCUGCCGGUGGAAGUCUCUGAUGAUUGUAUGUUUGACGUGCUGUGCAAUGAGCUAUGCCCGGAUGUUUGGUUCAUCAUGUUCCAUAGAAAGGUUUGAAUAUUGCAGUCAACAACUAGAGGCCUUUU